CGCUGCGGCGCGGCCAUGGCGGAGCGAGUGAUGGAGGAGCUCUCGGCCCUGGCUGCGAUUUUCUGCGGGCCCGCCGAAUGGGAAGUGCUGAGUCGCUCAGGGCCAGAAAAUUACUGAGAGAAGAAUGAAAGUUGGUAAGAAUUUGAUUAGCCAGCUCAAUAGCCUUUUAAGACUUUCUCCUUGGACUGCCUGUUUGUCAGUUAGUUCACUGACAGGACAUGGAAGCAACCUAAAUGUCCAUCGACAGGUGAAUGGAUAAAGAAGAUGUGGCACACAUAUACAAUGGAAUAUUACUUGGCCAUAAAGAAGAAUGAAGUUGAGUUUUUUGUUGUGAGGUGGAUGGACCUACAGACUGUCAUUCAGAGUGAGAGACAGAUGGGACUGUGUUCAGAAUUCUCACAAAAGCUGAAGGAUUUAUGGAUGCGGAUAUACCCUUACAAUUGGUGUUCCAUUUACCAGUCAGUUACCCGUCAUGUCUGCCUGGUGUUGUGGUUAACUCCGAAUACCUGACCCGGGCCCAGUGUGAGAUUGUGAAAGAGAAGUUACUGGAGCAAGCAGAGACCCUUUUGUCGGAACCUAUGGUUCAUGAGCUGGUUCUCUGGAUUCAGCAAAACCUCAGGCACAUCCUCAAGCGACUGGAACCUGGAGGUGGCAGUGAAAAGUGCACUUCUGCAGCAAGCACGACUGUGGAUGAUGGAUUGUGGAUGGCUCUUUUGCAUUUAGAUCACAUGAGAGCAAAGACUAAAUAUGUCAAAACUGUGGAGAAGUGGGCUUCCGAUUUAAGGCUGACAGGAAGACUGAUGUUCAUGGGUAAAAUAAUACUGAUUUUACUGCAGGGAGACAGAAACAACAUUAAGGAGUACCUGAUUCUUCAGAAAACCUGCAAAGUCGAUGUGGACUCAAGUGGAAAGAAAUGCAGAGAGAAAAUGAUUAGUGUACUCUUUGAAACAAAAGUACAGACAGAACACAAAAGGUUUCUGGCAUUUGAAGUCAAAGAGUAUUCAUCGUUGGAUGAGUUACAAAAGGAGUUUGAAACUGCAGGACUUAAGAAGCUUUUCUCCGAAUUUGUACUUAGGCUGGUAAAAUGAAGUGGAAGACAGGAAUCUUUUACUGAAACAACUGUGGCUUUUUUUGUUUUGUUUUGUUUUUGUUUUUUGCAUUGGAUUUUGAGAGUGGCUAAUUGAAAUACUCAUAAGGGAACAAUUUUAGAGUUUCUGUCAAGCAAAAUGACAGACACCAUCAUAACUUCAGGACAAAAGCCAAUCCUCUUUAUGGAAUAUUAAACAGUAAAAAUACCCAUGUAUUCUAAUUUUGCCAGUGAAGGCUGGGUUCAAUAGAUGGGAUGUUGUUUGAGAGAUAAAUAUAAAAAGAUGAUGGUAAAUGAGCCCUUGUGUUUAUACAGAGGAUUUGUUUGGAACUGUGCAAUUUUCUGGUUAAUUUUCUUGUAAUUAAAUGAAUUU